GGUAAAUUCGGAAGUAAGACGUGCAAGAUGGCGGCGUCCUCUUCUGUAGGACGCGUUUUGACUCUUUGCAAGCAGUUUCAGAAUGUUUUAAGGGUAUCUUCAGCGAUAAAUAUUCACCAUUGUACUCGAAAUUUAACGAAAUGCCCGGACCAUCUUUCCAGGGAGAAGUCUUCACUGGCUGCACCAUCUACGAUCACUCCCAUCAGGUUUGUGGGUCAAUAUCGAGCUUUGCAUACAACCCUCAGCCGGAGAGGCCUGGAGGAGUUUUUUGACCUCUCUGAGAACUGGGGAGAAUCCACCGUGAAGUCAGGAGCCCCAUGGACAGCCAAACUACUAAGAACAAAGAGCAACGAGGACUUGCACAAACUCUGGUAUGUGCUUCUAAGAGAAAAGAACAUGUUGCUCACACUUGAGCAGGAAGCAAAAAGGCAAAGGGUUCAGAUGCCGAGUCCAGAGAGGCUAAAGAAGGUUGAGCGGUCAUUGAUCAGACUAGAGACGGUGGUGCUGGAAAGAGAGAAUGCGCUGCGUUUGCUGCAGACAGGACAGGAGAAGGGCCGGCCCGGAGACUGGAGGAGGAACAUUUUUGGACAUGUCAGCUGGUAUCGAUUCAAAGAAUAUGCAAUUCCCUGGUACAUGAAUAGAAGAUACAAGCGCAAUAGAUUCUACACACCUUCAUUUGUCCAGCCCCACAUGAGGUUGCGCUUAGAAAAAUACUUGCGGGAAAGAGUCAGGAAAUCAAAUCUAAGGAAGUGCAGGAUUGCAAAAUUAGAGAAGAAGUUUCCUCAAAUGAAGGUUCCUGCAUCGUGAAAUGUAAACGUGGCUUUUUUUUAUGUGAGGGGGAUAAAUGGUUUUACUACAGCUCAUGUAAAUUGCUGAAGGUCGCCUGACUGAAUUAUUCCAUUUGUUAAUCAGCCCUACAGGAUAAAUUAUGUAAACCUGAAAUGUUGUUUUCAUACUUCCAUGUUUAAUGUUUGGAGCUCUUGUAACUCAAAUACAAGAAACUUUGAAUUAAAAUAAGGAUGUGCAUGUA